GGGAACUUCCCCCUUUCUUUGCAUCGAAAAUCGUGAGGUCUCAUUUUCAAAGUAACUCUGGCCAUGAAAGUUGUUGUUGUGGGGUCGGGAAUCGGCGGCAUCUCCGCCGCGUAUCACUUGGUGAAGGAUGGCCAUGAAGUGGUCUUGCUCGAGAAGGAAGACUACUUUGGCGGACACACAUACGCGAUUGAAGUGGAUGGGGAGCCCGUGGACCUGGGGUUCAUGAUGUUCGGCGACUCGAACCCAAACAUCAAGGCGUGGUUCAAGCAGUUUGGCAUUACCAAGGAAGACGGGACGACCAAGACGCGCAUCCCCAUGUCGCUGUCCGUGGACUCGGACAUUCCCGGGGACAUUCAGUUUUCGUCGCGGAAGCCGUUUUCGUCGUUUUGGGAGUUGUUUUCGAUCAAGAAGUGGCAAGUCAUUUACGACAUUUUCAAGUUCACGGUGGACUUGUUGACGAUGCCCGUGACGUCCAACAUCUCGACCGAAGAAUGGGCCGCGUCGGGGCGGUACUCGAAGGCGUUUUUCCGCCAUUACUACCUGCCGUUCGUGUCGAUUCUGUGGACUGUGCCCAAGCACGACGUGAUGACGCUGCCAGCGUCGCAGUUCCUUCGCUGCUUGAAGACGCACUCGAACUCGCUGUACAUUCCACUGUGGCAAGUCAUUUUGGGCGCAUUGGGUCGCCGCGUGGACCGCCCCAAGCACUUGUGGUGGUACAUUGGGUCAGCGUACAAGGCGCCGUUCUUGGAGUACUUUGAAUCCAAGGGCGGUGUGCUCAAGACCAACGCCACCGCCACGUUGGUCGAAGAGGGUGGCAAGGCGGUCGUGUUGGCGUCGGGUGAGCGCAUCGAAUGCGACCACGUCGUGCUGGCUUCGCACGCGGACGAGAGCGCGGCGCUCCUUCCAUGGUCCAAGAAGAACAAACUCAUGGACUACUACUUCCACAAGAGUCAUAUGUACGUCCAUCGCGACGAGUCGUUCCUGAGCAAGGACAAGGGCGCGUGGAGCAGCUGGAACGUCCGCAUCAUGGACGACGACCAGUACAUUUUGACGUACUGGAUGAACCGCAUCCAGCACCUCAAAUCGACCGACAACGUGUUCGUGACCAUCACGCCAGGCGACUACAAGGGCCGCAAACCCAGCAACAUUGUCCUCGACUUCCCGUGGGACCACCCCCGCCGCCUCGUGGAUUGCCUGCCCCAAGAUGACAUCAUCCAAGAGGAAGGCAUCACGCUUUCGGGCGCAUGGCUCGGCCGUGGAUUCCACGAAGACGGCUUCGUCGCCGGCCGACGUGCCGCCGCCAUCGUCAACGACAAGCAACACACCAAGACUGUGCUGUACGAAGACCCGGGCAACAUCGCCGUGCCCGCCGUACCUCCUUUUGGCAUGCCCCUGUCCGUGUCGACAUUCUUUGCGUCCGUUGCGGCCGCCGCCGCCUUCGGCGUGUACAAGGCUGCUGAACACUACACCAAAUAAACCAUUUAGAUUAACUGUUAUUAAUCGUAUAAGUAACGUUACUGUCACCUGG